CUAACCUCCAGUGCAAUAUUGAUCGCAUCAGAUUGUACCAGGCUCGGUGCAGUUCGGUCCCAAGUGCCUCAUUCAUGAAGGCCCCCGUCUUCUCAGCUCCCAGGGUGCAUGAGGCUUUCCCCAGCACAGAAUUUGCACAAUUCAAAGCCGUUUCAAGCCGGUCCAUGCGCGGUUUUUUUUUUUAACAUCUCGCUAAGUUUAUGAAUCGACUUUCAAGUGAUCGGAUCUUUUCCAGGAAUCCAUAACAUCAUGGAGGUGCGAUCAGUUGUUACCAGUGCCAGCGCAGUCAUGUCCGAUGCUCGAAUGGUCGCAAUGCGUUUUCAAACAGUAAAGUUGCUCAGGGAGCUCCGCUGCUGGUGGGUGUUCAUUGCGUGUGUGCUCAAGUACUCAUUUAGUUUUGCUCGCCAAGCAUUUGACUUUGCCAUCAGCUUCGAGGCCGAGGUCUCAUUAACCUGGGGAAGAUCGUGGGGAUAUGUACGAUGCUUGUUCGCGAUGGCUCGCUAUUUCCCAUUCACGGACGUCCCAAUCGACAUAUACUACUCAUUCAUUCCGAAACCCCCUGCGAGUUGCUUGCCAUUAUACCAGCGGCAUCAUGUUAGGCUGUCCUUUACUAUUCUCAGGGCUCAGUGUAUUUGGAACGAUCGCUGCGGAGGGUCUACUUUUAAUACGAAGAUGGGUUCUUUUGAGGCGUGACAAUGGCGUUAUAGCGUGUCUCAUCGAGCUUGCUGCAAUAUACUCUAACGUUCUCUCAAAUUUCCAUUCUCAUGAGUAUUGUCCAGGCGUAC